AUGACCUCGAAUCCAACGUCUAACGACGAAAAAUCUGCCUCAACACCGCCUAUUGUAUCUACAGACCUCGAAAAUGCAGCACCCGCCGAUGUACAAGACAAGGAUGUUGCAAUUGCAAUUGUGGGGGAGCACAGACAUGCUAUCGACCCCGCGGUAGAAACUCGAGUGGUGCGGAAGAUUGACUGGUUUUUGGUGCCGGCGAUGUUUUGCGGUUAUGGAUUGGUGUAUUAUGAUAAGGCAAUCCUGGGCAGCGCGGUGCUGUUUGGAAUGACCAAAGAUCUCCACCUCACGCAAGUUGACACUUCGACCACCCCUCCUACCACCGACACCUCUCGACUAUCAUGGGCUACCUCGAUGUUCUACUUCGGAAUGCUGGCUGGACUAUACCCUAUGACAUUUGCUCUGCAGAGAUUCAACAUGGGAAGAAUAUUGGGGAGCGUCGUGUGUUUCUGGGCGCUGGUCUGCAUGCUUACCGCAGCUGUGACUAGCUGGGAAGGCCUGUACGCCCAACGAUUCUUUUUGGGAUUCGUGGAAAGCAUCAUUCCGACUGGCUUCAUGUGUAUCGUGAGCUCUUUCUAUACACAAAGGGAGCAGUCGCUGCGGCAGAGCUGGUGGUUUUCUGCGACGGGGCUUUUCACGAUCCUUGGUGGGGCAUUGAAUUAUGGAUUCGGUCAGAUCACUGGUGGAGCAUUGAAGCGCUGGCAGUACAUAUAUCUACUGGCGGGAACUCUCACGUUUCUUUUUGGAAUCGUAUGCUUUUUUGUGCCGGAUUCCCCUGUUUCAGCUUGGUUCCUUACGCAGGGUGAGAGAGUCGUUGCCACCGAGCGGCUCAGGCAUGGACAGACAGGAGUUCGAUGCACAAAGUUCAAGAUCUCCCAGGUCAAAGAAUGUUUCCUGGACAUCAAGUUCUGGCUAGUGGCUCUUAUGAUGGCUUCCGCCUAUACAGUCAAUGGAGCUGUCAGUGGCUUCGGCCCGUUAAUCGUCUCCACUUUUGGAUACUCAGUUUUGGACUCCAUUCUCUUCCAAUUUCCCCUCGGCGGGAUCUGCCUUAUAUUCAUCCUCCUCACUGGAUAUCUCUCCUCUCGAAUCCCGAACAUUCGGAUCAUCAUGCUUGUGCUCUGCUGCUUUCCAGUUAUGGCUGGCUGUGCCAUGAUCUGGAAAUGUGAUUGGUAUCACCGCGCUGCGGCACCAGUCGUGGGUUAUUCGAUCAUUGGAUUCUUCGGGCCAGUGGUGUCUUUGAUCAUCUCGAUUGGAAUGGCCAACGUUGCAGGGCAGACUAAGAAGUGCUUCAUGGCUGCGACAAUCUUCGUAGCCUACUGCGUAGGCAAUAUCGUUGGACCCCAACUCAUCAAGUCGCAAACCAAGUCCAGACACUAUCCUGAACUUUGGCUGGGACUCAUUAUUUGCUAUUGCAUAACGAUAGUCUCUGCUGUUGUGUUGUACUUUGUUCUUGCGAGAGAGAAUAAACGAAGGGAAGCUCUGGAUUUGAAUGAUGUCGACCGGGACAAGAUGGCUUUCCAAGAUCUUACCGACAAGGAGAACCCUUAUUUUAAAUACAUGCUCUGA